AUGUCAAAUACAACCACUAAUGGCCCUCCCAGCACCACGCCCUCCGCCACCUCUGGCCUGCCCAGCACUACUCACUCUACCACUGACACCACCUCUGGCCCUCCCAGCACCAUGCCAUCCACCACUUCUGGUGCACCCAGCACAACUCACUAUACCACUGGCACCAACACUGGCCCUAUCACCACCACGCCCUCCACCACCUCUACUGCUCCCAGUGCUACUAACUGUACCACUGACACCACUUCUGGUGCUCCCAGCACUACUCUCUCUGGCACUGGAAUCACCUCUGGCCCUCCCAGCACCAUGCUCUCCACCACUUCUGUUGCUCCCAGCACAACUCAGUAUACCACUAGCACCACCUCUGGCCCGCUGAGCAUCACACCGUCCAACACUGACACUACCUCAGAGGCUCCCAGGACCACGUCCUCCACCACCUCUGGCCCUCCCAGCACUACUCACCCUAGCAGUGGCACCACCUCUGGCUCUCCCAAAACUACUCACUCUACCACUGGAACCACUUCUGGCCCUCCCAGCACCAUGCUCUCCACCACUUCUGGUGCUCCCAGCACUACUCACUAUAACACUGGCACGACCUCUGGCCAGCUGAGCACCACACAUUCCAACACUGGCACUACAUCAGAGGCUCCCACCACCACGCGCUUUACCACCUCUGGCCCUCCCAGCACCACAAUGUCCAACAAUGGCACUACCUCAGAGGCUCCCAGCACCACGUCCUCCACCACCUCUGGCCCUCCCAGCACUACUCACCCUACCAGUGGCACCACCUCUGGCUCUGCGAAAACUACUCACUCUACCACUGGAAGGACUUUUGGCCCUCACAGCACUACUACAUUUCCGCUUACUACCACAUCUAGUCUUUUCACUACCACAUUUCUUCCUCCUACAACAACAUCUGGACCAACUUCUACCACAUCUGGCCACUUCACUACCACAUCGGACACUGUCACAAAUACAUCGCUUAAUAUUUCUACAACAACUGGCCUCUUCACUACCACAUCGGACCCUGUCACUACUACAUCUGGCCCAACUUCUACCACAUCUGGCCCCUUCACUACCACAUCGGACCCUGUCAGAACUUCAUCUCUUCCUCCUACUACAACAUCUGGCCCAACUUCUACCAAAUCUGGCCCCUUCACUACCACAUCGGACCCUGUCAGAACUUCAUCUCUUCCUCUCACUACAACAUCUGCCCCCUUAACUGACACAUCUCUUCCUGUUAUUGCAACAUCGGGUUCAACAUCUACCACAACUGACACUGACACAACUACAUCUCUUCCUCUCACAACAACAUCCGGCUCCUUAACUACCACAUCAGACCAAGUAACUGCAUCGUUUCCUCUUACUACAACAUAUGGCCCCUUCACUACCACAUCUCUUCCUGUCACAACAACAUCAGGACCAAAUUCUACCGAAUCUGGCACCUUCACUACCACAUCGGACCCUGUCAGAACUUCAUCUCAUCCUCCUAGUACAACAUCUGGCCCAACUUCAACCACAUCUGGCCCCUUGACUACCACAUCGAACCCUGUCACAACUAUAUUGCUUCCUAUUUCUACAACAACUGGCCACUUCACUACCACACCAGACCCUGUCACUAACAAAUCUGGAACAACUUCUACCACAUCUGGCACCUUCACUACCACAUCGACCCUUGUCACAACUACAUCUAAUCCUCUCACUACAACAUCUGGCCCCGUAACUAACACAUCACCUCCUGUUAUUGCGACAUCUGGCUCAACAUCUAGCACAUCUGACGCAUUCACUACCAUAUCGGACACUGUCACAACUACAUCUCUUCCUCUCACAACAACAUCUGACCCCUUCACUACCACAUCAGACCCAGUCACAACUACAUCCCUUCCUCUCACUACAACAUCUGCCCCCUUAACUAACACAUCUCUUUCUGUUACUGCGACAUCUGGCUCAACACCUAGCAUAUUUGACACCUUCACUACCACAUCAGACCAAGUAACUACAUCGUUUCCUCUUACUACAACAUCUGGCACCUUCACUAACACAUCUCUUCCUCUCACGACAACAUCUGACCCCUUCACUACCACAUCAGACCCGGUCACAACUACAUCUCUUCCUCCUACUACAACAUCUGGCCCCUUCACAACUACAUCUCUUCCUCCUACUACAACAUCUGGCCCAACUUCAACCACAUCUGGCCCCUUCACUAACACAUCUCUUCCUCUCACGACAACAUCUGGACCAAUUUCUACCAUAUCUGGCCCCUUCACUACCAUAUCGGACACUGUCACAACUACAUCUCUUCCUCUCACAACAACAUCUGGCCCAUUCACUGCCACAUCGGACCGAGUCAAAACUACAGCUCUUCCUCUCACUACAACAUCUGCCCCCGUAACUAACACAUCACUUCCUGUUAUUGCGAAAUCUGGCUCAACUUCUACCACAUCUGGCCCCUUCACUACCAUAUCGGACACUGUCACAACUACAUCUCUUCCUCUCACAACAACAUCUGGCCCACUCACUGCCACAUCGGACCAAGUCAAAACUACAGCUCUUCCUCUCACUACAACAUCUGCCCCCGUAACUAACACAUCACUUCCUGUUAUUGCGACAUCUGGCUCAACAUCUAGCACAUCUGACGCAUUCACUACCAUAUCGGACACUGUCACAACUACAUCUCUUCCUCUUACAACAACAUCUGGCCCCUUCACUACCGCAUCAGACCCGGUCACAACUACAUCCCUUCCUCUCACUACAACAUCUGCCCACUUAACCAACACAUCUCUUUCUGUUACUGCGACAUCUGGACCAACUUCUACCAAAUCUGGCACCUUCACUACCACAUCGGACCCUGUCACGACUACAUCUCUUCCUCUUACCACCACAUCUGUCAGCUUCACUACCACAUCGAACCCUGUAACAACUACAUUGCUUCCUAUUUCUACAGCAACUGGCCACUUCACUACCACAUCGGAGCCCGUCACUAACAAAUCUGGAACAACUUCUACCACAUCUGGCCCCUUCACUACCACAUCGAACCCUGUCACAACUACAUCGCUUCCUAUUUCUACAACAGCUGGCCAUUUCACUACCACAUCAGACCCUGUCACUAACAAAUCUGGAACACCUUCUACCACAUCUGGCCCCUUCACUACCACAUCGAACCCUGUAACAACUACAUUGCUUCGUAUUUCUACAACAGCUGGCCAUUUCACUACCACAUCUCUUCCUCUCAAUAAAACAUCUGGACCAACUUCUACCAGAUCUGACCCCUUCACUACCACAUCGAACCUUGUCACAACUACAUCUAAUCCUCUCACUACAACAUCUGCCCCUUUAACUAACACAUCUCUUUCUGUUACUGCGACAUCUGGCUCAACAGCUAGCAUAUCUGACACCUUCACUACCACAUCAGACCAGGUAACUACAUCGUUUCCUCUUACUACAACAUCUGGCCCAUUCACUAACACAUCUCUUCCUCUCACGACAACAUCUGCACCAACUUCGACCAAAUCUGGACCCUUCACUACCACAUCGAACCCGGUCACAACUACAAUGCUUCCUCUUACUACAACAUCUGGCCCCAUCAAUACCACAUCUAUUCCUCUCACAACUACAUCUGGACCAACUUCCACCAAAUCUGGCCCCUUCACUACCAAAUCAGACCCUCUCAGAACUUCAUCUCUUCCUCCUACUACAACAUCUGGCCCAAAUUCAACCACAUCUGGCCCCUUCACUACCACAUUGAACACUGUGACAACUACAUCUGGACCAACUUCUACCAAAUCUGGUGCCUUCACUACCACAUCGGAGACUGUCACAACUACAUCUCUCCCUCUCACUACAACAUCUGCCCCCUUAACUGACACAUCUCUUCCUGUUAUUGCAACAUCGGGUUCAACAUCUACCACAACUGACACCGACACAACUACCUCUCUUCCUCUCACAACAACAUCCGGCUCCUUAACUACCACAUCAGACCAAGUAACUGCAUUGCUUCCUCUUACUACAACAUAUGGCCCCUUCACUACCACAUCUCUUCCUGUCACAACAAGAUCAGGACCAAAUUCUACCGAAUCUGGCACCUUCACUACCACAUCGGACCCUGUCAGAACUUCAUCUCAUCCUCCUAGUACAACAUCUGGCCCAACUUCAACCACAUCUGUCAGCUUCACUACCACAUCGAACCCUGUAACAACUACAUUGCUUCCUAUUUCUCCAACAACUAGCCACUUCACUACCACAUCGGAGCCCGUCACUACCACAUCUGGAACAACUUCUACCAUAUAUGGCCCCUUCAAUACCACAUCGAACCCUGUCACAACUACAUCUCUUCCUGUUUCUACAACAACUGGCCAUUUCACUACCACAUCAGACCCUGUCACUAACAAAUCUGGAACACCUUCUACCACAUCUGGCCCCUUCACUACCACAUCGGACCCUGUUACGAAUACAUCUCUUCCUUUUACUACAACAUCUGUCAGCUUCAAUAACACAUUGAACUCUGUAACAACUACAUCUCUUCCUAUUUCUACAACAACUGGCCACUUCACUACCACAUCGGAGCCUGUCACUACCACAUCUGGAACAACUUCUACCACAUCUGGCCCCUUCACUACCACAUCGGCCCCAGUCACAACUACAUCUCUUCCUCCUACUACAACAUCUGGCCCAACUUCAACCACAUCUGGCCCCUUCACUAACACAUCUCUUCCUCUCACGACAACAUCUGGACCAACUUCUACCAAAUCUGGCCCCUUCACUACCACAUCGGACCCUGUCACGACUACAUCUCUUCCUCUUACUACCACAUCUGUCAGCUUCACUACCACAUCGAACCCUGUAACAACUACAUUGCUUCCUAUUUCUACAACAACUGGCCACUUCACUACCACAUCGGAGCCCGUCACUAACAAAUCUGGAACAACUUCUACCACAUCUGGCCCCUUCACUACCACAUCGGACCCUGUCACGACUACAUCUCUUCCUCUUACUACCACAUCUGUCAGCAUCAAUAACACAUCGAACCCUGUAACAACUACGUUGCUUCCUAUUUCCACAACAACUGGCCACUUCACUACCACAUCGGAGCCCGUCACUACCACAUCUGGAACAACUUCUUCCAAAUCUGGCCACUUCACUACCACAUCGAACCUGGUCACAACUACAUCUCUCCCUCUCACUACAACAUCUGGCCCAUUCACUGCCACAUCGGACCAAGUCACAACUACAUCUCUCCCUCUCACUACAACAUCUGCCCCCUUAACUGACACAUCUCUUCCUGUUAUUGCAACAUCGGGUUCAACAUCUACCACAACUGACACUGACACAACUACAUCUCUUCCUCUCACAACAACAUCCGGCUCCUUAACUACCACAUCAGACCAAGUAACUGCAUCGCUUCCUCUUACUACAACAUAUGGCCCCUUCACUACCACAUCUCUUCCUGUCACAACAACAUCAGGACCAAAUUCUACCGAAUCUGGCACCUUCACUACCACAUCGGACCCUGUCAGAACUUCAUCUCAUCCUCCUAGUACAACAUCUGGCCCAACUUCAACCACAUCUGGCCCCUUGACUACCACAUCAAACCCUGUCACAACUAUAUUGCUUCCUAUUUCUACAACAACUGGCCACUUCACUACCACACCGGACCCUCUCACUAACAAAUCUGGAACAACUUCUACCACAUCUGGCACCUUCACUACCACAUCGAACCUUGUCACAACUACAACUAAUCCUCUCACUACAACAUCUGCCCCCUUAACUAACACAUCUCUUCCUGUUAUUACGACAUCUGGCUCAACAUCUAGCAUAUUUGACACCUUCACUACCACAUCAGACCAAGUAACUACAUCGUUUCCUCUUACUACAACAUCUGGCACCUUCACUAACACAUCUCUUCUUCUCACGACAACAUCUGGACCAACUUCUACCAAAUCUGGCCCCUUCACUAACACAUCUCUUCCUCUGACGACAACAUCUGGACCAACUUCUACCAAAUCUGGCCCCUUCACUACCAUACCGGACACUGUCACAACUACAUCUCUUCCUCUCACAACAACAUCUGGCCCAUUCACUGCCACAUCGGACCAAGUCAAAACUACAGCUCUUCCUCUCACUACAACAUCUGCCCCCGUAACUAACACAUCACUUCCUGUUAUUGCGACAUCUGGCUCAACAUCUAGCACACCUGACGCAUUCACUACCAUAUCGGACACUGUCACAACUACAUCUCUUCCUCUCACAACAACAUCUGGCCCCUUCACUACCGCAUCACUUCCUGUUAUUGCGACAUCUGGCUCAACUUCUGCCACAUCUGGCCCCUUCACUACCAUAUCGGACACUGUCACAACUACAUCUCUUCCUCUCACAACAACAUCUGGCCCAUUCACUGCCUCAUCGGACCAAGUCAAAACUACAGCUCUUCCUCUCACUACAACAUCUGCCCCCGUAACUAACACAUCACUUCCUGUUAUUGCGACAUCUGGCUCAACAUCUAGCACAUCUGACGCAUUCACUACCAUAUCGGACACUGUCACAACUACAUCUCUUCCUCUUACAACAACAUCUGGCCCCUUCACUACCGCAUCAGACCCGGUCACAACUACAUCCCUUCCUCUCACUACAACAUCUGCCCACUUAACCAACACAUCUCUUUCUGUUACUGCGACAUCUGGACCAACUUCUACCAAAUCUGGCACCUUCACUACCACAUCGGACCCUGUCACGACUACAUCUCUUCCUCUUACCACCACAUCUGUCAGCUUCACUACCACAUCGAACCCUGUAACAACUACAUUGCUUCCUAUUUCUACAGCAACUGGCCACUUCACUACCACAUCGGAGCCCGUCACUAACAAAUCUGGAACAACUUCUACCACAUCUGGCCCCUUCACUACCACAUCGAACCCUGUCACAACUACAUUGCUUCCUAUUUCUACAACAGCUGGCCAUUUCACUACCACAUCAGACCCUGUCACUAACAAAUCUGGAACACCUUCUACCACAUCUGGCCCCUUCACUACCACAUCGAACCCUGUAACAACUACAUUGCUUCGUAUUUCUACAACAGCUGGCCAUUUCACUACCACAUCUCUUCCUCUCAAUAAAACAUCUGGACCAACUUCUACCAGAUCUGACCCCUUCACUACCACAUCGAACCUUGUCACAACUACAUCUAAUCCUCUCACUACAACAUCUGCCCCUUUAACUAACACAUCUCUUUCUGUUACUGCGACAUCUGGCUCAACAGCUAGCAUAUCUGACACCUUCACUACCACAUCAGACCAGGUAACUACAUCGUUUCCUCUUACUACAACAUCUGGCCCAUUCACUAACACAUCUCUUCCUCUCACGACAACAUCUGCACCAACUUCGACCAAAUCUGGACCCUUCACUACCACAUCGAACCCGGUCACAACUACAAUGCUUCCUCUUACUACAACAUCUGGCCCCAUCAAUACCACAUCUAUUCCUCUCACAACUACAUCUGGACCAACUUCCACCAAAUCUGGCCCCUUCACUACCAAAUCAGACCCUCUCAGAACUUCAUCUCUUCCUCCUACUACAACAUCUGGCCCAAAUUCAACCACAUCUGGCCCCUUCACUACCACAUUGAACACUGUGACAACUACAUCUGGACCAACUUCUACCAAAUCUGGUGCCUUCACUACCACAUCGGAGACUGUCACAACUACAUCUCUCCCUCUCACUACAACAUCUGCCCCCUUAACUGACACAUCUCUUCCUGUUAUUGCAACAUCGGGUUCAACAUCUACCACAACUGACACCGACACAACUACCUCUCUUCCUCUCACAACAACAUCCGGCUCCUUAACUACCACAUCAGACCAAGUAACUGCAUUGCUUCCUCUUACUACAACAUAUGGCCCCUUCACUACCACAUCUCUUCCUGUCACAACAAGAUCAGGACCAAAUUCUACCGAAUCUGGCACCUUCACUACCACAUCGGACCCUGUCAGAACUUCAUCUCAUCCUCCUAGUACAACAUCUGGCCCAACUUCAACCACAUCUGUCAGCUUCACUACCACAUCGAACCCUGUAACAACUACAUUGCUUCCUAUUUCUCCAACAACUAGCCACUUCACUACCACAUCGGAGCCCGUCACUACCACAUCUGGAACAACUUCUACCAUAUAUGGCCCCUUCAAUACCACAUCGAACCCUGUCACAACUACAUCUCUUCCUGUUUCUACAACAACUGGCCAUUUCACUACCACAUCAGACCCUGUCACUAACAAAUCUGGAACACCUUCUACCACAUCUGGCCCCUUCACUACCACAUCGGACCCUGUUACGAAUACAUCUCUUCCUUUUACUACAACAUCUGUCAGCUUCAAUAACACAUUGAACUCUGUAACAACUACAUCUCUUCCUAUUUCUACAACAACUGGCCACUUCACUACCACAUCGGAGCCUGUCACUACCACAUCUGGAACAACUUCUACCACAUCUGGCCCCUUCACUACCACAUCGGCCCCAGUCACAACUACAUCUCUUCCUCCUACUACAACAUCUGGCCCAACUUCAACCACAUCUGGCCCCUUCACUAACACAUCUCUUCCUCUCACGACAACAUCUGGACCAACUUCUACCAAAUCUGGCCCCUUCACUACCACAUCGGACCCUGUCACGACUACAUCUCUUCCUCUUACUACCACAUCUGUCAGCUUCACUACCACAUCGAACCCUGUAACAACUACAUUGCUUCCUAUUUCUACAACAACUGGCCACUUCACUACCACAUCGGAGCCCGUCACUAACAAAUCUGGAACAACUUCUACCACAUCUGGCCCCUUCACUACCACAUCGGACCCUGUCACGACUACAUCUCUUCCUCUUACUACCACAUCUGUCAGCAUCAAUAACACAUCGAACCCUGUAACAACUACGUUGCUUCCUAUUUCCACAACAACUGGCCACUUCACUACCACAUCGGAGCCCGUCACUACCACAUCUGGAACAACUUCUUCCAAAUCUGGCCACUUCACUACCACAUCGAACCUGGUCACAACUACAUCUCUCCCUCUCACUACAACAUCUGGCCCAUUCACUGCCACAUCGGACCAAGUCACAACUACAUCUCUCCCUCUCACUACAACAUCUGCCCCCUUAACUGACACAUCUCUUCCUGUUAUUGCAACAUCGGGUUCAACAUCUACCACAACUGACACUGACACAACUACAUCUCUUCCUCUCACAACAACAUCCGGCUCCUUAACUACCACAUCAGACCAAGUAACUGCAUCGCUUCCUCUUACUACAACAUAUGGCCCCUUCACUACCACAUCUCUUCCUGUCACAACAACAUCAGGACCAAAUUCUACCGAAUCUGGCACCUUCACUACCACAUCGGACCCUGUCAGAACUUCAUCUCAUCCUCCUAGUACAACAUCUGGCCCAACUUCAACCACAUCUGGCCCCUUGACUACCACAUCAAACCCUGUCACAACUAUAUUGCUUCCUAUUUCUACAACAACUGGCCACUUCACUACCACACCGGACCCUCUCACUAACAAAUCUGGAACAACUUCUACCACAUCUGGCACCUUCACUACCACAUCGAACCUUGUCACAACUACAACUAAUCCUCUCACUACAACAUCUGCCCCCUUAACUAACACAUCUCUUCCUGUUAUUACGACAUCUGGCUCAACAUCUAGCAUAUUUGACACCUUCACUACCACAUCAGACCAAGUAACUACAUCGUUUCCUCUUACUACAACAUCUGGCACCUUCACUAACACAUCUCUUCUUCUCACGACAACAUCUGGACCAACUUCUACCAAAUCUGGCCCCUUCACUAACACAUCUCUUCCUCUGACGACAACAUCUGGACCAACUUCUACCAAAUCUGGCCCCUUCACUACCAUACCGGACACUGUCACAACUACAUCUCUUCCUCUCACAACAACAUCUGGCCCAUUCACUGCCACAUCGGACCAAGUCAAAACUACAGCUCUUCCUCUCACUACAACAUCUGCCCCCGUAACUAACACAUCACUUCCUGUUAUUGCGACAUCUGGCUCAACAUCUAGCACAUCUGACGCAUUCACUACCAUAUCGGACACUGUCACAACUACAUCUCUUCCUCUCACAACAACAUCUGGCCCCUUCACUACCGCAUCACUUCCUGUUAUUGCGACAUCUGGCUCAACUUCUGCCACAUCUGGCCCCUUCACUACCAUAUCGGACACUGUCACAACUACAUCUCUUCCUCUCACAACAACAUCUGGCCCAUUCACUGCCUCAUCGGACCAAGUCAAAACUACAGCUCUUCCUCUCACUACAACAUCUGCCCCCGUAACUAACACAUCACUUCCUGUUAUUGCGACAUCUGGCUCAACAUCUAGCACAGUUGAUGCCUUCACUACCAUAUCGGACACUGUCACAACUACAUCUCUUCCUCUCACAACAACAUCUGGCCCCUUCACUACCGCAUCACUUCCUGUUAUUGCGACAUCUGGCUCAACUUCUACCACAUCUGGCCCCUUCACUACCAUAUCGGACACUGUCACAACUACAUCUCUUCCUCUCACAACAACAUCUGGCCCAUUCACUGCCACAUCGGACCAAGUCAAAACUACAGCUCUUCCUCUCACUACGACAUCUGCCCCCGUAACUAACACAUCACUUACUGUUAUUGCGACAUCUGGCUCAACAUCUAGCACAUCUGACGCAUUCACUACCAUAUCGGACACUGUCACAACUACAUCUCUUCCUCUCACAACAACAUCUGAACCCUUCACUACCACAUCAGACCCAGUCACAACUACAUCCCUUCCUCUCACUACAACAUCUGCCCCCUUAACUAACACAUCUCUUUCUGUUACUGCGACAUCUGGCUCAACACCUAGCAUAUUUGACACCUUCACUACCACAUCAGACCAAGUAACUACAUCGUUUCCUCUUACUACAACAUCUGGCACCUUCACAAACACAUCUCUUCCUCUCACGACAACAUCUGGACCAACUUCUACCACAUCUGGCCCCUUCACUACUACAUCGGACCCUGUCACGACUACAUAUCUUCCUCUUACUACCACAUCUGUCAGCAUCAAUAACACAUCAAACCCUGUAACAACUACGUUGCUUCCUAUUUCCACAACAACUGGCCACUUCACUACCACAUCGGAGCCCGUCACUACCACAUCUGGAACAACUUCUACCAAAUCUGGCCACUUCACUACCACAUCGAACCUGGUCACAACUACAACUUUUCCUCUCACUACAACAUCUGCCCCCUUAACUGACACAUCUCUUCCUGUUACUACGACAUCUGGCUCAACAUCUAGCACAUCUGAUGCCUUCACUACCACAUCGCACACUGUCACAACAACAUCUCUUCCUCUCACAACAACAUCUGACCCCUUCACUACCACAUCAGACCCGGUCACAAGUACAUCUCUUAAUCCUACUACAACAUCUGGCCCCUUCACUACCACGUCUCUUCCUCUCACUACAACAUCUGGACCGACUUCUACCAAAUCUGGCUGCCUCACUACCACAUCGACCCCUGCCACAACUACAUCUCUUCCUCUCACAACCACAUCUGGCACCUUCACUACCACAUCGGCCCCAGUCACAACUACAUCUCUUCCUCCUACUACAACAUCUGGCCCAACUUCAACCACAUCUGGCCCCUUCACUAACACAUCUCUUCCUCUGACGACAGCAUCUGGACCAACUUCUACCAAAUCUGGCCCCUUCACUACCAUACCGGACACUGUCACAACUACAUCUCUUCCUCUCACAACAACAUCUGGCCCAUUCACUGCCACAUCGGACCAAGUCAAAACUACAGCUCUUCCUCUCACUACAACAUCUGCCCCCGUAACUAACACAUCACUUCCUGUUAUUGCGACAUCUGGCUCAACAUCUAGCACAUCUGACGCAUUCACUACCAUAUCGGACACUGUCACAACUACAUCUCUUCCUCUCACAACAACAUCUGGCCCCUUCACUACCGCAUCACUUCCUGUUAUUGCGACAUCUGGCUCAACUUCUACCACAUCUGGCCCCUUCACUACCAUAUCGGACACUGUCACAACUACAUCUCUUCCUCUCACAACAACAUCUGGCCCCUUCGCUACCGCAUCACUUCCUGUUAUUGCGACAUCUGGCUCAACAUCUAGCACAUCUGACGAAUUCACUACCAUAUCUGACACUGUCACAACUACAUCUCUUCCUCUCACAACAACAUCUGGCCCCUUCACUACCGCAUCAGACCCGGUCACAACUACAUCCCUUCCUCUCACUACAACAUCUGCCGCCUUAACUAACACAUCUCUUUCUGUUACUGCGACAUCUGGCUCAACAGCUAGCAUAUUUGACACCUUCACUACAACAUCAGACCAAGUAACUACAUCGUUUCCUCUUACUACAACAUCUGGCACCUUCACUAACACAUCUCUUCAUCUCACGACAACAUCUGGACCAACUUCUACCAAAUCUGGCCCCUUCACUACCACAUCGGACCCUGUCACGACUACAUCUCUUCCUCUUACUACCACAUCUGUCAGCUUCACUACCACAUCGAACCCUGUAACAACUACAUUGCUUCCUAUUUCUACAACAACUGGCCCCUUCACUACCACAUCGGAGCACGUCACUAACAAAUCUGGAACAACUUCUACCACAUCUGGCCCCUUCACUACCACAUCGGACCCUGUCACAACUACAUCUCUUCCUCUUACUACCACAUCUGUCAGCUUCAAUAACACAUCGAACCCUGUAACAACUACGUUGCUUCCUAUUUCCACAACAACUGGCCACUUCACUACCACAUCGGAGCCCGUCACUACCACAUCUGGAACAACUUCUUCCAAAUCUGGCCACUUCACUACCACAUCGAACCUGGUCACAACUACAACUCUUCCUCUCACUACAACAUCUGCCCCCUUAACUGACACAUCUCUUCCUGUUACUACGACAUCUGGCUCAACAUCUAGCACAUCUGAUGCCUUCACUACCACAUCGCACACUGUCACAACAACUUCUCUUCCUCUCACAACAACAUCUGGCCCCUUCACUACCACAUCAGACCCGGUCACAAGUACAUCUCUUCCUCCUACUACAACAUCUGGCCCCUUCACUACCACGUCUCUUCCUCUCACUACAACAUCUGGACCGACUUCUACCAAAUCUGGCCGCCUCACUACCACAUCGACCCCUGCCACAACUACAUCUCUUCCUCUCACAACCACAUCUGGCACCUUCACUACCACAUCGGCCCCAGUCACAACUACAUCUCUUCCUCCUACUAUAACAUCUGGCCCAACUUCAACCACAUCUGGCCCCUUCACUAACACAUCUCUUCCUCUGACGACAACAUCUGGACCAACUUCUACCAAAUCUGGCCCCUUCACUACCAUACCGGACACUGUCACAACUACAUCUCUUCCUCUCACAACAACAUCUGGCCCAUUCACUGCCACAUCGGACCAAGUCAAAACUACAGCUCUUCCUCUCACUACAACAUCUGCCCCCGUAACUAACACAUCACUUCCUGUUAUUGCGACAUCUGGCUCAACAUCUAGCACAUCUGACGCAUUCACUACCAUAUCGGACACUGUCACAACUACAUCUCUUCCUCUCACAACAACAUCUGGCCCCUUCACUACCGCAUCACUUGCUGUUAUUGCGACAUCUGGCUCAACUUCUACCACAUCUGGCCCCUUCACUACCAUAUCGGACACUGUCACAACUACAUCUCUUCCUCUCACAACAAAAUCUGGCCCAUUCACUGCCACAUCGGACCGAGUCAAAACUACAGCUCUUCCUCUCACUACGACAUCUGCCCCCGUAACUAACACAUCACUUACUGUUAUUGCGACAUCUGGCUCAACAUCUAGCACAUCUGACGCAUUCACUACCAUAUCGGACACUGUCACAACUACAUCUCUUCCUCUCACAACAACAUCUGACCCCUUCACUACCACAUCAGACCCAGUCACAACUACAUCCCUUCCUCUCACUACAACAUCUGCCCCCUUAACUAACACAUCUCUUUCUGUUACUGCGACAUCUGGCUCAACACCUAGCAUAUUUGACACCUUCACUACCACAUCAGACCAAGUAACUACAUCGUUUCCUCUUACUACAACAUCUGGCACCUUCACUAACACAUCUCUUCUUCUCACGACAACAUCUGGACCAACUUCUACCACAUCUGGCCCCUUCACUACUACAUCGGACCCUGUCACGACUACAUAUCUUCCUCUUACUACCACAUCUGUCAGCAUCAAUAACACAUCAAACCCUGUAACAACUACGUUGCUUCCUAUUUCCACAACAACUGGCCACUUCACUACCACAUCGGAGCCCGUCACUACCACAUCUGGAACAACUUCUACCAAAUCUGGCCACUUCACUACCACAUCGAACCUGGUCACAACUACAACUCUUCCUCUCACUACAACAUCUGCCCCCUUAACUGACACAUCUCUUCCUGUUACUACGACAUCUGGCUCAACAUUUAGCACAUCUGAUGCCUUCACUACCACAUCGCACACUGUCACAACAACAUCUCUUCCUCUCACAACAACAUCUGGCCCCUUCACUACCACAUCAGACCCGGUCACAAGUACAUCUCUUAAUCCUACUACAACAUCUGGCCCCUUCACUACCACGUCUCUUCCUCUCACUACAACAUCUGGACCGACUUCUACCAAAUCUGGCUGCCUCACUACCACAUCGACCCCUGCCACAACUACAUCUCUUCCUCACACAACCACAUCUGGCACCUUCACUACCACAUCGGCCCCAGUCACAACUACAUCUCUUCCUCCUACUACAACAUCUGGCCCAACUUCAACCACAUCUGGCCCCUUCACUAACACAUCUCUUCCUCUGACGACAGCAUCUGGACCAACUUCUACCAAAUCUGGCCCCUUCACUACCAUACCGGACACUGUCACAACUACAUCUCUUCCUCUCACAACAACAUCUGGCCCAUUCACUGCCACAUCGGACCAAGUCAAAACUACAGCUCUUCCUCUCACUACAACAUCUGCCCCCAACAACAUCUGGCCCCUUCGCUACCGCAUCACUUCCUGUUAUUGCGACAUCUGGCUCAACAUCUAG